GGAAGCAGACGACGCAGUUGAGAGAGGGGAGUACUUGAAUGUGCAUCAUUUAUUAACGCCAAUAAAACUAUAAGUUGAGACCGCCGUUGUAUACAGUUAUGAAUUGAUUCCUUUCUUUCUUUCAACAGCGCAUAGCAUUUUUUAAUAGAAAAGGAUGAAAUGUAAUACUGGAAAAUUAUUUCUUCCAUCGCUCCUCUCUCUCAACUUUGCAAACUCUCACAUGAGUCUGAAAUAGCAAUCACAAAAAUACAGCGAUAUCUCAGAAGAUAGACUGUGCAAAUGAUAAAAAUCAUGAUAGUAUUUUUUAUAUCUAAUAUAUUUUGUUUGUUUUUCAAAUAGUUUAUUCUAGCGUCUGUCGGCGCCCCAUCCUCCCCACAACAUUAUAAGUUUGCCAUCGCGCAUGUCCAGGAAGUUAUUUGGACAGGUGAGAGAACUCGGGCAAAAACUUCACACCUGAGUGCUUACCACCCGAGAAUGAUGACAACCUAAUUGAAAUCAACAUGCCAGCAAUUAAAGGAUUGUGGAAAACUGAAAAACGAUUGAUUUCUUUAUAGAAAAGAAUCUUUUUAUGGCGAAUUCAUGCAGCAGAAUGAAAUAUUGUCCUUCUGGCCUGGAUGAAUGAGAAGUUUCCUGUUGAUCAUCUUUGAUGCGCGGGAGUUGGCUAACAUUUGGUUGGGAAGCAGACGAUAUUACUUGAUUUACUUGGCAUGUCCAAAAGUCGUCUUUCGCGACUGCUGCCUAAGUUUCUCCGAGGGGAUAAAAGCAGCAAAAAUGUGUCUGCUACCGAUUACGUCGACAACAAACUUCCGAAGUGCUUCAUCCAUUUUCUUGACGAUAGCCAGCAUCAGCUUCCAUUCAAAGGAAGUUGGAAGGGCUGUCAACUGCUUGAAAAGGUUUAUGACAUGCUCAAUCUGCAUGAAAAAGAUUAUUUCAGCUUACGCUUCAUUGACAGCUCAGGACAGACACAUUGGUUGGAUGGAAAUAAGACUCUGUCCUCCCAGUUUAAAGGAUGCUUCAAUCCUUACAAACUCUACUUUGGGGUAAAGUUUUAUGCUGCCGAUCCAUGCAAAUUACGAGAAGAGAUUACAAGGUACCUGUUCUUUCUGCAAGUGAAGCAAGAUAUUCUUCAGGGUAGGCUACCUGUCACAUUUGAUGAAGCUGCAGAGUUGUGUGCCUAUGCUGUGCAAUCUGAACUUGGAGAUUUUGACCCUCGACAUCAUACUCCUGGAUAUGUAUCCGAGUUCUGCUUUGUUCCCAACCAGUCUGAAGAGCUGGAACGGAAAAUAGCUGCAAUUCACCGGCGAUUAGGGGGCCUUGUACCCAUGAUGGCAGAAUACCGGUUUCUGGACAAAGUGAAAUGGUUAGAUAUGUAUGGUGUUGACCUUCAUCCUGUUAUGGGAGAAGCGAGUGUCGAAUAUUUCUUGGGUCUCACACCAACAGGUAUUGUGGUGUACAAGAAUAAAAACAAAGUUGGCAACUAUUUCUGGCCCAGAAUCAACAAGGUUACAUUCAGAGGAAAGAUUUUCAUUAUCAAAGUUAAAGACAAAAAUAAUGAAGAGCAUGCAUAUGCAUUUGAACUGCCCCGCAAGGCUGCCUGCAAGUACGUGUGGAAAUGUUGUGUGGAGCAUCAUGCAUUCUUUAGACUUAACCAGACACAAGAAAGAAGCUUUAGGCAAGUGCGAAUCACUCGAUCUUUCUCUGCUAAUCAUGGAAGUGGGAGAACUCAGCGACAGGCAUUCAGUGAUAAUCUGUCACGUCAGUCAUCUGCUGUUGUGCGUCUGCCUAGCAGGCGGCAGCCACGUCGAGUGAGUUCUGACUCGCGUCUCAAUGCACAUGGCCAGUAUGAAAGCCAGUAUCACAAGGAUUCAGGAAUGGUUACCAUGGUAAUAAGACCAGAGCCUGUACGAGGUCCACGGCAUCGGUCACUACCAGAACUACAGGGGCACGAAUCACCACGCAGCACGAAGUCUGCUCCUUGGGAGGGCAAAUUAGAUUAUGGACUUUACACAGGUGGCAGAGAAUCUCCAUUGUCAGCCCCCAGUGACAGAAUGAAUCAACAAAGGAAUCGGGGAGUAUCAGGAAGCGACAGUGAGAGUGGCAUCAGCCAGAGAAGGAAAUACUUUCCUAAUCGUCGUGGGUCAGACAAUGACAGUGAUGCAUCUAUGAGCCGAAGACGAAGGCGAGAAAUUGACAGUGACAGUGGGUCAGAUGUCUCAUCCCGCUACCAUACAACUCGUAGUAACAAUGAAAAGUCAACCAAGACAUCUUUUCCAGUAUUGUACCCAUUCCAUGACAAGGACAGUAAGCAAAAUGGAUCUGUUCCGUCUCUACAUUCUGCCCCUGCUGGAGAGACAAGACAAAGGCGAAGAAGACGACGAAGCAAGUCACCAGGCAAAAAACCUCCAGAGGAAUUAAGGCGUCAUUUUGAAUAUGAUUUAAAAGAUACAGAAGGCAUGUCACAAGAGCAGUUGCGAGAAAUUCCGUUUGUGAAUGUGGAGACCAAGUCCAGUUUUUUCAAGCUAAAAUACUCUCCGAAACUAAGGCAGAAAGUGAAGGCUUCAAAGCAAAAGAAUGCUGAGGGGCUUGAUCAAAACAGAAAUGAAAUUCUUCACAGGCAGACUUCAGCACCUAGCACAGAUGCUUGUGACAAAAGCUCAGUCAGGCAGUCUCAGCAUACAGACACAGAUGCUGGUGAUGGCUUGGGCAACAGACAGCAAUGGGGGCAGAGCACAGUAUGGUGGGACGCAGCAGGUCUUUCACAAGACGACCAUAUUCCUACCACCAGUCACAGUCUCAUACCUUACCUAACCAUAUUUCUUCCUCAUCAACUCUAGCAGCAACACAUCAUGGAAAUUCUCACAUACCAGAAGAAAAAACACAUGAUUUUAUCACCUCUGAAAAACAUCACUUAUACAAUACCUCACUUGCAGAUUCUGAAUAUCAAAUCUCCAAGUCCUCUCCUUACCACUCACCUAAUCAAAACUCUGAGCUUAGGUACCCAUCAUCUAGACCAAAGUACUCAGCUUCCGUCUCUUCGUACCAGUCUCAUCGCUCCUAUCAUCGUGAUCGUUCCAGUCUCUUUCAUCCUACCCAUUCGCAAAAUGCAUAUGAGAGUGACAACAAUGUGGUGCUGAGAUCAAGACACCACCAACAUAAUACAAGGACCAGAAAUACUUACGAGCCUGUCAGCCAGUCACAAUCUCGACCUAAGAGAGAAGGUGACUUCGAAGGAAGCCAGCGUUACUCACCAUCCAGGCAGGAAGGAGGGUCAAGGUCAUUUAAUCCACUUGCUCAAGACCCCACUACAGCAUUAGACAGUUAUGGAAAGGAACCACACAGGAGAAACGUGACACCAUCCCGAACAGACCACUCCAUAACCCAGUCACAACCUUAUGAUAUGACUGUGACAUCAUCUUACAUUCGAGAUAGUAGUUUUAAUAGUUACCCCCAUCCCCACUCUCAGCAACGCCAUGGUCAGCAGUCAUCACAAGCAGUGCAGCGAGAAGCUGCUAGUCCUACAUCAAGCUCUGUUUAUGGUGCACAUACUUUGCCUGGUGAAAGAUACAGUUACACAUCCAGUUCUUAUACUCAAGUUCAACGAUCAAGACCACAUGGUCUGGAAAGCAAUCAGGUUCAAAAUUGUUUGAUGAUAACAGAUCUACAACUGUCUCACCCUUACCAAGUGGAUCAGAAGCCUCAAGAUACCCUUCCUCAAGACUCAUCACUCAGCAGCAAGGGACAGAAAAUCCAUCGAGGUAUCGCCACGAACCACAAUCUCGAUAUCAGUCACCACAGCAACAGCCAAUGUCUACACCACCUAGAUACCAGAGUACACCCCCAAGAUAUGGCACACCCCCACAGAACUUGGGCACAAUAGAUCAGUACUCAGACUCAUCAAAAUACCAGAGUACACCCCCACGAUCACAGAAAGACCCUAAUUCAUCAUACAGCUAUUUUUCACCACAUUCCAGGGAGCAGCAGGCAGAAAGGAGAACUGGACACAACUCUGCAGGGUCAGGCAAGAAUAACAGCAGGUCUUCAUACCCAUCGCCAUCAGUUGUUGCCUCUGAUCGUCCAGGCAGCCGCACUACAGGUGGUAGUAGCAUGAGGUCAGAUGUGGCGUUUCAGCUGCUGAAAUCACCUGGCUAUAACCCUAAUCUUUGCACUGAACUGUGAAGGCAAGUGUAGUAUUAGCCACACUUAUUAAAUGUGCAAGAGACAUAUCUAUGACAGUAUCGUAAAAGCAGAAUGAAGCACAUGUAGCAUACAACAUUAAAGGCAUCCAAUUGAUUUAGCAGAUAAGCAUUGCUUUGAAUCUUGAGGGUACGAUUGUAUGAAAGAUGUGGAUGAGUAUGUUUGCUAAAAACUGAAGAUGAAGCAGUGAACCUGAACUUCUUUGUUAAUGAUUGCUAACAACAUGAUUUGUCAAUUGCUUGAAAAAAUGUGUAUUUUUUUCCAGUUUUAGCAUUUUUAAGGUGUGAAUAAAUGUUUUUGGCCUCAUGAAAGAUUUUAUGGAGCAAGCACAGUUGUGUAAAAGACCUGUUUAAAUAGUUAAGUAUUUGCAGCAAUGUCCGGCACACUUGUAUGUAAAGCUCUUUUAAAAUGUUUUCCUUUUACUGAUUAAGGCUGCAAAUACCGUAAAGGUUUUUGCACUUUACUAAGUAAGAAAACAGGAGAAAAAGUAUUGUGAUAAAUCUUUUUAAAAAAAUACAUAAUGAUUAUCUUUUAGUGUAAAAAAAAUGCAGUAAAUAUUUUUGUGACAUAUAGAAUUGUGAUGCUGUGUUUAUAUUGUUUUUUAAUUUUUUGUUCUUUGGAUCCAAAUUUAUCAAGUAAUGAGAUGUUUUUACAGUACAGCUUUAUGAGCUGGUUGUGCAAAGAUGUGCUGUGUGUGUAGGAGCUCAAAAACAGUGCAGGAUAACCACUUAUUUUGCUGCUAUGAUUAGGACAUUUGCAAACCUUUUUUUCCACAAAUUGUUAAAUCCAUUUGCUAAAAUUUUCUUGGAUGUUUUGGUGCAGCUUGAUAAGAUAAUGAGAUAUAAAGCAAGCUGUUUUUAUACUUUAACUUUUUUUAAGCUUAAAAUAUUUAACUGAAGGUUUAGAUAAUCCAAGAAGGGUAAUUAAUAGGCCAAAGGAACUGACAGCAACAUAAAUGUUGUGGAUUUUUGUUUGCUUUACAGGGGAAUCUGGAAGUAUUUACAGAUUUAAAACCUGAUAUAGAGGAGCUGAAUUAUUUAUUUAAGGUAUCAACUACUGUUCAUCUAUUUUCACGCAUCCCAUUUAAGUCUAGAAAAAAUGUACAACUACAAUAAUUUUUUUUUUAAAUCUGUCUUUUGAAGGUUUAGCAUAGAAGUUAACUUCCUUGUCUUACUAAAUUAAGAACUAGCCCAUUGUAAUUUUUUAGCUAAUAAUGAUUAAGGUAACUAUUACUUUGUAUCAAAUGUUUUAAGACUUUGCAAAGCAUAAGUCUAGUUUUCGGGGAUUGUCCUAGCACAUUAGAGCAAAUAACAAAUUUAACCAUGCAAGAAUACUUCAUGCUUAGGAUUCUCUUAUGCAUACAGUUACUUCAAAAUAGUGAGAUUCAGUCAGAGGGAACAAAAAUUUGAAAUAACCCAAAUAGACCAUUACUCCAGAUCUUUUCAGGGAAAUGUUUUUAUGCCUCUAAAGAAGCAAAAAAGUGUUGAUGAAUGGAAAACAAAGCUAUUUGUGUGUGUGUGAUAUCACAUGAAGGAAAAAUGUUUUUGUCUCCUUGAGGUGACACCCAUCCUUACAUGACCUCCUGCCUCUCUUUAGUGUUCUUACUUUUGAUAUUUGAGUAUUAGGUGCAAAUUUUGUAAUACAUUGGACCACAGCUGAUUUUCUUCUUGUAAAGUUCAAGUAUCUUUAGUUUCUUUCUGUUGAGUACAGAUCUGCUGUUCUGCAGUUUCUCGCAAAGCUCAGUUUACAGAAAGUAUUUAUUUUGCAUCUGUGUGUAUUUUUCCCCAUGGCACACAUCUAUAAGGUUGAAUUUUUGUUCAUAAGCUUUUUCUUAUUUGCUACAAACCAUUUUCAGCAUUUUUUUUUUUUUUUAAAGUAUAAUUCUGAAGAUCAGUGAAAAUUUGAUGAGCAUGAUGGAUGAAGAAAACUCCUCUUUGGAUGCUGGUGGAAUGUUUAUCUGAAAAGAAUUCACAAAAACGGAUGCGAGAGCUAGAAACAAAUUGAACUA